AGUGCAGCUAGCAAGGUUGGCGCACCAAGCGGGGACGGCGCACCAGGCGGGGACGGCACACCAGGCGGGGACGGCACACCAGGCGGGGACGGCACACCAGGCGGGGACGGCACACCAGGCGGGGACGGCACACCAGGCGGGGACGGCACACCAGGCGGGGACGGCACACCAGGCGGGGACGGCACACCAGGCGGGGACGGCACACCAGGCGGGGACGGCACACCAGGCGGGGACGGCACACCAGGCGGGGACGGCACACCAGGCGGGGACGGCACACCAGGCGGGGACGGCACACCAGGCGGGGACGGCACACCAGGCGGGGACGGCACACCAGGCGGGGACGGCACACCAGGCGGGGACGGCACACCAGGCGGGGACGGCACACCAGGCGGGGACGGCACACCAGGCGGGGACGGCACACCAG